AUGGACAAAAAAUAUAAAAGUAAAAGUAGUGUAGAAGGAUAUAGCAAUUCUUCUGAUGAAGAGUACAAAAAGAAAAAAAAGCACGAUAAAAAAAAAAAAAAAAAAAAGAAAGAUAGAGAAAAAGAGAAAAGCAAAAAACAUGGAAGUCAUAAAAAGGAUAAAGAUAGAAAAAGCAAACGUAAAAAAAAGUAUGACGAUUCAGACGACAAUAUAGGAAAAUCAAAUAGUACUUCAGCCACAUCCUUGUCUUUUCUAUGUGAAGGAUAUGACUCACUAAAUGAAAAGUUGGAUAAGCGAGGUGCCUCUAAUUCUAUUGAAAAACAUAAGGAUACGAAAAAAAAAAGCAAAAAAAAAAAUAAAGAAGACGAAUAUAAGAAAAAUCAAGAAAGUAAACAAAGUGAACAGUCUGAAAAAGAAGAUCCUGAAGAUUACGAAAAUGAAAAUGGAGCAACGGAUGAUGAUACAGAUAGUGUAGGACCAAAGCCUCUCGAUAUAAAUGUAAAAUUGGCAAAUAAACAAAUGGAUUAUGGUGGUGCUAUGAUGCCAGGAGAAGGGCAAGCAAUAGCACAGUUUAUUCAAAAAGGAAAAAGAAUACCAAGACGUGGUGAAGUUGGAUUAUCAGCUGAAGCAAUAGAAAAUUUUGAAAGUCUUGGGUAUGUUAUGAGUGGAUCAAGACAUAAACGAAUGAAUGCAAUACGUAUGAGAAAAGAAAACCAAGUUUAUAGUGCCGAAGAGCAAAGAGCCUUAGCUAUGUUUAAUUAUGAAGAAAGGGCAAAUAGAGAAAAUGCAUUAAUAACAGAUUUAAAGGAAAUUUUAAGAAAACAAAAUGAAACUAUAUUAAAUGAAGAACAAAAUGAUACCUAA